AUAGUCUUUUUUCGAGAUCAGCAUUUUAACAAUCUGAAAAGUACAAAUUUUUUAUUUUGUUACGUUGAAAAUACGAAAACAGAAUGGACGAGCACAAUAUGAGUAUGGAAGAGCUGAAAGUGGAUGAUGAUGAAGAAAAUGUCAAAGAAGUAUCAAAUGAAGAAGAUAUACUAGGUGCACAAAGUUUAUUAAUGUCAGAGUCGGAAGAUGAGGAUGCUGUGGGAUCUAAUGCGAACAAAAGUCCGCUAAAGAAACACAGUCCCAAGGGCGCGAACAAAAAAAUAGAUUCCCCGUCAGUAAACAAAACAAGUCCUGGAAGAACCAAACGUUUCUUGAACAGCGAUGACGAAGCUGAACCUUCCAAAGAAGUAAAAGGAGAUGUGCAAAGAAAAAACAAAAUAUCGUCCUUAAUCGAUUCAGAUAGCGAUGACGAUAAGCCAGCGACAAACAAAGCGGUACAUACACGAUUGAUUCUAGAGGACUCAGACUCUAGCAAUGAACGCAAAGAAGAAUGUGUGAGUACGAAUGACGACAGUGAUUCCCAGCCGCGUAGAACAAAACUAAAAAAGAAAAAAUCAGCACAAAAAUCUAAUAAAAAUAAAAACAGUCAAGAGACAAGCAACGACGAUUCUGAUGCAAUUAAUCAUACGAAAUCAGGCGCUCCCAGCGAUAGCGAAUCCGAUGAUUCUUUGGCAAAUUCUGCCAGAGCUUGCAAUUUUGAAGAAAAUAACAACGAUGAAGAAAGCCCCAAUAAUAAGAAAAACAAAAAUAAGUCCAAAGUUAUAAGGGCUUCAGCGAAAAAAGCCAUGGAUGAAAUGCAAGCCAUUCAGAGUGAACAGCAACGGUUGCACAGAGAGGCUAACAUAAGUAUACCAUAUCACAAGCCUAAGAAAUAUUCCUUGCAAGAUUUCUUAAAUAGAAAAACAAUCAUUAAACCGCCAUCCUUACAAAGCAAUAGCCCCAUUGCGGAUGCCGUGAGAUCUAAGAAUCUUAAAAUGACACAAGAAGAAUUAGAGGAAUAUGCCAAACUUAUGGAGGAAAGAGCUAAAGAGGCUACCGAAUUCUUCAAAUCUGAAUCGGAAGAUGAGAGUGAAAACGAAGUUUUGAAAGAUAACGAAGGUAUAGUGGACAAACAGCCCGAGGCUGAAACAAUGAUUGAAUCAGAUAAAAAUAGUCAAGGUGAAGUUAAUCACAUGCAUACCGAAAUGACCAUGAAUGAAAAUAAACUUUUAAGUAAAAACAUACUGGAUGAGGAAGAAAAAGUUGGACCUGGCGAACUUGAAUUAACUGAAGAAGAAUUGGCGGAAAUUUUAGCACAGGAAGAACGGCAAAAACAAGAAUUUUAUGAGACCCCAUCCACUUCUAAAGUUCUUAUAACCGAAGUUAUUGAGUUGCCAAAAUUGGACAUGAAAACCGUAAAAAUAAGUCCAGUUAAGAAACCGCUUCCACCUCCACCACCAGUACAGGCUACGCCAAAACCAUCUAUAAAUAUCAAAGAAUUACUGGCUAAAAAAAGUCUGACAGCGAGUCCCUCACUUAGUGGAGAUCCUAAUAAACUAAUAGAUUUAGAAACUGGAGAUUUAGUUGAAAGAAAACCUUCUGGCAUAGAGAACCUGAUGAAACGUCUCAUGAGCACAGUGAGGGAUAGAAAAUCUAAACCGAAUGAAACAUGCAGUAUUUUGUCAACAGAAAAUGGAAAGUUAGAAAUUACAAAAGUCAAUAUAAGUCUAAAAGAAGAACAAGACCCAAACAAAGAUCCAAAACCGAGGGCUGCUUAUUUUGAGUUGAAAAAGAAUCUCAAAGAAAUUAUAAAAAAGAAGAGAUUGGAAGAACUACAUAAGAAGCAAGAGGACGAAAUAGAGCACAAUAAACGCUUGUAUGAAGACGACGAUGAGGAAGAUGGUGGUGGCACUACUGAAGUAGACGAGUACGAACCAGAUUCAAAGCCAGGCAUUGAUGGUGCAAUCGAGAUUGACGACGAGGAGAACGCUAUUAUGGAAGACUACGAAGAAGACCAUCCAAUUGACGAAGAUGAAGACAACCAGGAACUCAAAGAUGAUGACAACGAAGUAGAGGAUGAUGAAGAAGAAGAAACUACGGAUGACAAUGAAGGUGUUGCAUCCGAAGAAGAUAGUGAACUUUCAAUCAACAGCACAAAGACACGCAAUCGAAUCAUAAAAGCUUUUGACGACUCAGAUGAAGAGGGCGAUAAGGAUGAUAUGGAUUUCCUAAAAACCCAGCCACCUUCCACCCAACCUAUUCUAUUUGAUACUCAGAACACUAUAAGACCUGCCGAAGAUAAAGAAAACGAAUUAAUGGCAUUAUGUUCAGGCACAUUUGAUAUCACUCAGAAACCCCCAUCAUCAAAUGCAUUGAUGUCCCAAAUACCCCUUACACAGAAUAAUGGCAAACCUGUAGGUGAUGACGAACUUAUGGAAUUGUGUUCCGGAACGUUUGAUGAAGUUGAUGGCCAGGAUGACACAGAGAAUCUACAACAAACCACAAAGUGCAAUAAAAUUUUAUCAAGCGAUGAAAUUGAAUCAGAUUGCGACGACAGUAAUACCAAGAAUAGGAUCAAAAAACUAACAAAGAAAGCUAAAAAGAAAUCGGCAAAACUGUGCUUUUCCGACGAUGAAGAAGAAGAAAAGCAAAUCGAUGAGGUUGAAAUUCAAGAAAUUGAAGAUUCAGAAGAUGAGCCUGAGCAACAACCUACCACGUAUGUCGACUAUGACUCCGAGGAAAAUGAGAUUGUUGUGGAAAUAUCAAAAAAAGACUGUGUUGAACAGGCGGCAACAUUUUUUGAAAAGGAAGCCGAACUAUCAGAGUCUGAAUGGGGCAGUGCUGACGAAGAUGAAAGAAAUUUAGAUAAAUACGACAUUGAACUUGGAGAUGAGGAUGAGUUUGAUAAGGAAAAGAUACGCUCAGAGUUGGAACAGAUACAUGCCCGCAAAAUGUUGGAUGAAGACAUGCGUGAAGUUCGUAAAAUACAGGAAAUGCUUUUUGAAGACGAAGAAAAGGAUGGCGUUGGGCGCCAGCGACAAUUUAAAUGGAAAAAUGCUGAAACUGGUUUUAGCUUGGACGACGGAGCACGUGAUGAAAUCGGCGACAAGAACAAUGGAGAUAGUGGUGAUGAAUUGACUGAACACCAGUGGCGUAAAGUUCGCUAUGAAAGAGAACAGUUUCUCAGGGAACAGGGCCUUAAACCUGGUUCACAAGACAUGUCCACAACCCUACCAAACACCACCUUACUUCCAACUAAUGGGGCUGCUACAAUAUCUACUUCUGUAACCACUAGAAAAAUACAAAUUGUAACGACCAAAAAAAUAUCGGUAUCGAAUGAUGAUUCGAAAAAAUCCACACCCUUUUUGAUUUCAAAGGGUAUAGCCGUAAUGAAUAAGAAAAGUGUGCGUGGGUCAUUUCUAGUUCGCGAUAGGGAGACGCUUAAAAAGUUGGCAGGCCUAACUAAAGGAGGAGCUGGAUUGUCUGCGAACAGCACUGAUAUGGAUGAUGCAGCUGGUACUGUUUCCAUCAAAAGUAUAAAACCGAAAAACUUUGUUUUCGCAACCCUUACCGAAGAAGAACACGAAAAUAUGAAACGCAAAGCGGAUGAUUUAUUAAACAGCAGUAAUGAGAAUGGUAAAAAUUACAUGAAAAAACCAAAAAUAGAACCUCGACGCGAUAAAUGUUUAAUAGAUCAGCUGCUCUAAUACAAUGUUAGAUGUAAGAUCAAUAAGUUUUUUCUUUUAUUUAUUUAAGAUGGUUUUUUAACAAUGGUAUAUAGACACAACAA